GCUAUUUCCCAUUUGGGUAGUGGAUCCGCAGAGGGGGUGGGGUGCGCGAAAUGUCUGACAAGGACACCUUACACCAUAGAACCAGACGUUUUGUGGGUAAGUAGAAGAAGUACCCGGGGGAGACAGCGUGUUGACACUGUAGGUAGGUUGUAGUGUAGACCCUGGAACGUUGUAUUAUAACGAGAAGAUCUCGGCGAUCAUGCCAGUUCCGGAGGGGAGGGGAGAAUGGCCACCCCCUACGGGGUUUGUAAGACGCUCCGCUGGCACUCCGUGGGCCACUAGCCGUGGAGGCCUUCUUCCUCUGACGAGGAAUUGGGUGAAUAGAACGGACUCCUCGUAGAGGAGCUAGGCACCAUGCAGUCGCUCUCCCCGAGUAGGGGCCAGGGGGGCGGUUUACAACGCUGAGGGUGCAAGUACAUGUUGUGCGCUGGCACUCCGUGGGCCACUAUCCAUGGAUGCCUUCUUCUUCUGACGAGCAAUUGGCCGAGAGAGGACUCCUCGUAGAUACUUCUCGUAGAGGACCUAGGCACCACGCAGUGGCUCUCCCCGAGUAGGGGCCAGCGGAGCGUCUUGCAAACCCCGUAGGGCCAUGUCCAUCCAGAAGAUGAACGACGUACUCACCUCGUAACAACCCCUAGCCUCGUGUCUCAUUGAGAGGUAUGCCCCAUGCCAUUCAAUCCUCAUUACCACCACUCGGUGGCUCGGUGGGCUGGUACAUUUUGGUGUAACUUCCCGAGGCGCUAAAUUCUCCCCCUGUAGAGGCUUAACCUUUCUUAUAGAACACUAUACCUCACCCGCCCACAUCUCUCGUUCCUACACAUACGGCCAUUGGGUCCGUUUAGGCUGUGUCGAUUGACUCACCAGGGCCCGUGGCUGCAAGAACAUGCCUCGGAGUCCCGUGAUGUGGCACUUUUUUAGUCCGUCGUGCGGCCCCGUGCAGUUCGCUUAGACUACGCAUGGACGAAGGUACACACAUCCUGCACUCUUCUGGCCCAGGAAGCUACUCUCGCUUCAGCAUGGAAUGUAGUCUCUGAGGUCCCACCUACCCUAGCUGGAGGUCCUGCCAAAUGCGUUCAUCUACGAGUCCCGAAGAGUGUUCAAUUUCUUUCAAGGAUACUGGGACUCUCGUCUUGCUUUGUGCUUCCCUCGUCGGAUGGUCUGAUUGGUGGGUACACCCAGAGACGGUGGGCCGCAGCUUGCAUAAGCAGCCAUUCACCCAUAUAUCUCGUAGAGGUCGAUCUUCUCUUCAGCUCGGCAUGGCGGGGCCUCACCAUGUCUAGGCAAGGCAUUGGGGCCCGUCAACAUUCGUCAUAUUUUUUAUGCUUCUCUCGCAGAACACGCUUACAUGUUCACGUCCCUUCUAAAAAGGUCUGGGAAUCGCCUCAAAGUAGAGAGAGAGGCUUCCACAGUUAGUGGGACAGCGACAACUAGAGGCCAGACUCACAGACCAUCCAGAUAGAGUGCUACAUUGUGCCGCCGCUCUAUCCAGAGUUGCCAGUUUCUCCGCUGGUACUAUGUGGACCACUAGCCACAGGGCCAUACCCCCACCCCUUGACCGAGGAAGGGGGGGCUACAGAACAGACGACUCAUGAAAUGCGUCAAAUGGAAGUCCCGAUUUGAGGCGGUCUGUACCUUCCCGUACGGGAAAUGUGAGCCCCACCGCUUGCACUACAGGGGCCACCAGCCGUGGAGGGUCCUGUUCCUCUAACGAGGAAGGAAUCUUCUUGGUCUACUCCUCGAAGAGGUGUAGGGCUUCCACGGCUAGUGGCCCACGGAGUGCUAGCCGAGCGGCACACAUCCCCUGUAGGGUGGGCAGUGUCCUAACUCACAGCUGGAGGUUUAGAAAGUUGCGAACGCCUCACUUAUCUAUAACAGGAACUUAUGCAUGGAAGAUAUUUUUCGCCUCAAGAAAUAAAUUCCUUUGUUCCAUUCUUCCUCGCGUGGUAUAACGCAACCCAUUAGUCAGGCCAGGAAUUUCUAGACGAGCACUCAUUGAGGCACCGCCAUGCAAGGGGCUCACCUUCGCUCAAACUUCCACAAAUCGUUUGUUGUCUCUGGUGAAUCGCCUACCAUAGGACAUUCCAGUCCGCAGAUAAUGUAGGUGUACCCGGCGUUCUUUCAUUCACCGAAUCCCCCACUUGACUCUGACAGCACCCGUUAAGAUCUCCCUCCUUCAAGGAGGAUCUUUGCAUGCACAUUUAGUCCGGAAACAAUCGCGCUCAUGCACGAUGGCGCCCUCUACCUUGCGUCCCGUAUUUUGCAUCCAUGGGUCCCAACGUGUACUUACGCCCUCCAAAGAUGCCAGAUACAACCUCACCAGAGCUGGUCCCAGCAGAGAACACCUUGGAGCGCAUCGAGUAUAUAACCUUGGCAUGUUCACCUAAAACAUUCUCUUGACGAACAACUAAUUCAACCAAAAAAAAAGCAAUAUCAUGAGGUUUUCCACUCUAGCACAGAGUCUCUGUGCCUUCGUGGCAGUGACCUCUGCUACCUUGGCUACCAUUCCGGCGUCUUGUCCAGUUGAAUGUUCAAGUGCCCCAGGAUUGCAUGGGACGCCCAGUGCCGGGCUCCGUGCGGUCUUCUACCCCUACACGUUUGCGGACGACUCCACCAGAAAGAGUCUUUCCUACUUGACCAGUGGGUACAAGAAGAGCAACAGCUUUGCCACAGUCCAAAACGUUGUCGACUUUGCCUUGGACAUCGACCAAGGUUCCAACUCCCAAGCCACCAAUGUCAUCUAUGGAAAGACGGUCCCUCAAAACUUCUUGGUGGAACUUACCGGAUACUUCAAAGCCCCCAAGACUUGCGAUUACACCUUCUCCAUCAACGUCGAUGACUCGAUGAUCUUCCAGAUCGGUGCCGGUCAGGCCUUCUCCUGUUGCGACGCCAAUACUAGUGGUAACUGCAACUCCGCUACCUUGAAGGCCGACUGGGUCCCAUACAAGACUGGUAAGGAUUCAGAAAAGGUCUUCCUUGUAGCCGGAUCCUACUAUCCUGUCAAGAUUGUCUAUGUCAACCAGGGUGGUCCAAUCAUGUUAUCCGUGACUGCAAAGACUCUCCUUACAUCUUUGUCAGUCAAGGACUACUUGUACACUUUCCCCAACUCCGGAAACGGGUGUCCACCUCUUGUUACCACCAUAACCACCAAGUGGACUGGUACCGUGACCUCAACCACCACCAUCAAGCCAACCAACAAUGACGGUACAACAACCAUUGAGAUCUUGACCCCUACAACUGCUUCGCCAACCCCAACCAAACCAGCAACCACUCCAACUGCUUGUCCUGUUGAAAAUGGAAGCUCUCUCGGAUUGCACGGAACCCCAAGCCGUGGUCUUCGCGUGGUAUUCUACGACUAUACCUAUGCCGAUGACACCACCAGAAAGAGCAAGACAUACUUGACUAGUGGAUACAAGAGCCGUCGUGUUUUAACCCUGGUCAACAACGUCGUUGACUUUGAGUUGGACAUCGAUCAAGCUUCGAGUGUCCUGGCAGUAAACGACAUCUACGGACAAUAUCCAAACCAGUACUUUGUUCUUGAACUCACAGGGUACUUCAAGGCUCCAGAGACCGGAAAAUACUCUUUCACUAUCAACGUGGAUGACUCUAUGAUGGUUCAAAUCGGUGCUGGAGAAGCCUUUUCGUGUUGUGAUUCCACCUCGAGUGGCAGUUGUGAUACCACCUUGUAUGCUAACUGGGUUUCAUACGUAGUCGGGGUGGACACGCAAACUGUCUAUCUUGUUGCUGGUGCCUACUACCCAAUCAAGAUUGUGUACGUCAACCAAGGUGGUCCAAUUCUCUUGUCCUUGACUGCAAAGACCGCUUCCAAGUCGAUCUCCGUUAAGGACUACUUGUACUCCUUCCCCAAUUCUGGAAAGGGAUGUCCAUCUCAUCUCACCACCAUCACCACUAAAUGGACGGGUACUGUGACCUCAACCAGCACCAUCAAACCAACAAACGAUGAUGGAACCACCACCAUUGAAAUCUUGACCCCAACCACUGCUUCGACCCCAACUAAGCCAGCAACAACUCCAACCGCUUGUCCUGUCGAGGACGACAAGACUUUGGGAUUACACGGAACACCAAGCACCGGUCUCCAUGCUAUCUUCUACGAAUACACCUAUGCCGAUGAUACCACAAGAAAGAGCACCGCCUUCUUGACUACUGGGUACAAGGAAAACCGGUCCUUCGCACAAGUGCACAACGUGGUUAACAUUGACUUGGACAUUGAUCAGGAUUCCAGUUCUACUGCACUCAACUACAUCUAUGGCCAAAAGCUCAACCAAAACUUUGUUCUCGAACUCACCGGUUACUUUAAAGCUCCGGAAACUGGCGAGUACACCUUUGCCAUCGACGUUGACGACUCAAUGGCCGUUCAAAUUGGUGCUGCCCAAGCAUUCUCUUGUUGUGAUACCAGAUCGACUGGUAGUGGAGAUGCUACUUUAGUUGCAAGCUGGGUUCCACAUGUGACUGGUAAGGAUGCACAACGUGUCUCUCUUGUUGCUGGUGCUUACUAUCCAAUCAAGAUUGUGUACGUCAACCAAGGUGGUCCAAUUCUCUUGUCUUUGACUGCAAAGACCUCUUCGAAGUCGAUCUCUGUUAAGGACUACUUGUAUACCUUUAAAGAUUCUGGAAAGGGAUGUCCAUCUCAUCUCACCACCAUUACCACUGAGUGGACAGGUACUGUUACCUCUACUACCACCGUCAAGCCAACAAACGAUGAUGGUACCACCACCAUUGAAAUCUUGACUCCAACCACUGCGUCGACCCCAACUAAGCCAGCAACAACUCCAACCGCUUGUCCUGUCGAGGACGACAAGACUUUGGGAUUACAUGGAACACCAAGUACCGGUCUCCAUGCUAUCUUCUACGAAUACACCUUUGCCGAUGAUACCACAAGAAAGAGUACCGCAUUCUUAACUACCGGCUACAAGAAAAACCGGUCCUUCGCACAAGUGCACAACGUGGUUAACAUCGACAUGGACAUUGAUCAGGAUUCCAGUUCCACGGCACUCAACUACAUCUAUGGCCAAAAGCUCAACCAAAACUUUGUUCUCGAACUCACCGGUUACUUUAAAGCUCCGGAAACUGGCGAGUACACCUUUGCCAUCGACGUUGACGACUCAAUGGCCGUUCAAAUUGGUGCUGCCCAAGCAUUCUCUUGUUGUGAUACCAGAUCGACUGGUAGUGGAGAUGCUACUUUAGUUGCAAGCUGGGUUCCACAUGUGACUGGUAAGGAUGCACAACGUGUCUCUCUUGUUGCUGGUGCUUACUAUCCAAUCAAGAUUGUGUACGUCAACCAAGGUGGUCCAAUUCUUUUGUCUUUGACUGCAAAGACCUCUUCGAAGUCGAUCUCUGUUAAGGACUACUUGUAUACCUUUAAAGAUUCUGGAAAGGGAUGUCCAUCUCAUCUCACCACCAUCACCACUGAGUGGACAGGUACUGUUACCUCUACUACCACCGUCAAGCCAACAAACGAUGAUGGUACCACCACCAUUGAAAUCUUGACUCCUACCACUGCUUCGUCUUCUCCUGUUGCCACACCUACCUCCUGUCCGGUUGAAAAUUCAAACACUUUAGGCUUACAUGGAGCUCCAACUACCGGUCUCCGUGCGAUCUUCUAUCAAUAUAGAUUCGCUGACGAUUGGACUAGAAAGAGCCUUUCCUUCUUAACUGGCGGGUACAAGAACAACCCAUCAUUUGCACAAGUUAACAACGUUGCUGACAUCAAUUUGUACAUUGAUCAAGCGUCCAGCUCUUCGGCCCUUAAUACCAUCUACGGCAAAUCAAUCAACCAAAACUUCUUGGUUGAGCUCACAGGUUACUUCAAGGCUCCUGAGACGGCAGUUUAUACUUUCAGUAUUAUUGUUGACGAUUCUAUGAUCGUCCAAAUUGGUGCUGACCAAGCCUUUCCUUGUUGCGACACCACUUCUAAUGGUAGUGGUGAAACUACAUUGUUUGCUAAUUGGGUUGCCCACGAGACCGGGAAGGAUAGUAAAUCCAUUGCCCUUGUCGCUGGUACAUACUACCCUAUCAAGAUUGUCUAUGUGAACCAAGGAGGGCCAAUAGAAUUGACUUUUUCUGCCACUACUUCUUCUGGUUCCGUUUCUGUCAAAGAUUACUUGUAUGAUUUUGGUGAUACAGGUGUUGGGUGUCCUGGUACCUCAAGUUCGAUUGAAUCGAGUGUUACACAAUCAUCGAGUGUACAUGCUUCCAGUUCCGUAAUUACAUCAAGUUCUGUAGGUCCAUCUAGCACCAUUCACUCCUCAAGCGCUGUCCAGCCAUCCGGCUCCGAUGUGUCAACCUCAAACACUGUUUCCAGCUCAGCUGCAUCAUCUAGUACUUCAACUCCAACCACUCCAAGUCCCUGUAACCAAGUCCCUGCCUCCAUGAACACCGGUCUUAACGCAGUCUUCUAUCCGUAUGGAUAUGCCGAUGACGACACCCUGAAGAGCCUCGACUUUAUGACUGGAGGCUACAAAAGUGGGCCUGUCAUUGCACUGGCUAAGAAUGUGGUAAACUUUGUUGUUAACUUGUAUCAAGAGCAGAGUGAAGUAGAUAAGAACAAUAUCUAUGGACAGUAUGUCAAUCAAAACUUCCUUGUGGAGCUCACUGGUUACUACAAAGCCCCGAAGACUGGUGAAUACGAAUUCACUGCAUAUGCUGACGAUGUUGUCCUUGUGCAAUUGGGUGCCAAUGAAGCUUUCUCAUGUUGCGAGUCUACAUCUACUCGGUCAACUUCCAGUGCUCUUCUCUUUGCCCAUUGGGACAGCGCUACCCAAUUCAUGGGUAUAGAGUCGGCAACAGUGUCCCUCGUAGAAGGGUAUUACUACCCUAUUAGAAUGGUGUACGUGAACGCAAGGGGCGUUAUAGGAUUCACCGUUGUAGCUGCUAUAGAUUCCGACUACAUCAACAUCAGUGACAACUUCUUCAACUUUGAAGAUAGUGAAGGGAGAUGUCCUAGCAUGUCAUCUAGCUCUAUUCUAUCAUCCAGUUCAUUCCAAUCAUCAGGUCAUUAUGUACCAUCAAGUUCUACAGAACAAUCUACAUCUAUUACGCAAUCAACCUCUACAGAAGCAUCAGAAUCUGCUACGCAAUCAACCUCUGCAAAAGAAUCCGGCCCAGUCACUCCAUCUGGUUCCUCUGAAACAUCUGAAUCUGUUGAACCAUCCGGUUCUGUUUCUCCAUCUGGCUCCGCCACUCCAUCUGGCUCUUCUGAACCAUCUGGAUCUGUUUCUCCAUCUGGCUCUGUCACUCAAUCUGGCUCUUCUGAACCAUCCGGAUCUGUUGAGCCAACUGGUUCUAUUUCUCCAUCUGGCUCCGCCACUCCAUCUGGAUCUUCUGAACCAUCCGGUUCUGUUUCUCCAUCUGGUUCUGUUUCUCCAUCUGGCUCCGCCACUCCAUCUGGAUCUUCUGAACCAUCUGGAUCUGUUGAGCCAUCCGGUUCUGUUUCUCCAUCUGGCUCCGCCACUCCAUCUGGCUCCGCCACUCCAUCUGGCUCUAUUGAACCAUCUGGAUCUGUUGAGCCUUCUGGUUCUGUCACUCCAUCUGGCUCUUCUGAACCAUCCGGAUCUGUUGAGCCAUCCGGUUCUGUUUCUCCAUCUGAUUCUGUCAUUCCAUCUGGCUCUUCUGAACCAUCUGGAUCUGUUGAACCAUCCGGAUCUGUUUCUCCGUCUGACUCCGUCACUCCAUCUGGCUCUUCUGAACCAUCUGGAUCUGUUGAACCAUCCGGAUCUGUUUCUCCGUCUGACUCCGUCACUCCAUCUGGCUCUUCUGAACCAUCUGGAUCUGUUGAACCAUCCGGUUCUGUUUCUCCAUCUGGCUCCGCCACUCCAUCUGGCUCUUCUGAACCAUCUGGAUCUGUUGAACCAUCUGGCUCUGUCACUCAAUCUGGCUCUUCUGAACCAUCCGGAUCUGUUGAGCCAACUGGUUCUAUUUCUCCAUCUGGCUCCGCCACUCCAUCUGGAUCUUCUGAACCAUCCGGUUCUGUUUCUCCAUCUGGUUCUGUUUCUCCAUCUGGCUCCGCCACUCCAUCUGGAUCUUCUGAACCAUCUGGAUCUGUUGAGCCAUCCGGUUCUGUCACUCCAUCUGGAUCUUCUGAACCAUCUGGAUCUGUUGAACCAUCCGGAUCUGUUUCUCCGUCUGACUCCGUCACUCCAUCUGGCUCUUCUGAACCAUCUGGAUCUGUUGAACCAUCCGGUUCUGUUUCUCCAUCUGGCUCCGCCACUCCAUCUGGCUCUUCUGAACCAUCUGGAUCUGUUGAACCAUCUGGCUCUGUCACUCAAUCUGGCUCUUCUGAACCAUCCGGAUCUGUUGAGCCAACUGGUUCUAUUUCUCCAUCUGGCUCUUCUGAACCAUCUGGAUCUGUUGAGCCUUCCGGUUCUGUUUCUCCAUCCGGUUCUGUUUCUCCAUCUGGCUCCGUCACUCCAUCUGGAUCUUCUGAACCAUCCGGUUCUGUUUCUCCAUCCGGUUCUGUUUCUCCAUCUGGUUCCGUCACUCCAUCUGGAUCUUCUGAACCAUCUGGAUCUGUUGAACCAUCCGGAUCUGUUUCUCCGUCUGACUCCGUCACUCCAUCUGGCUCUUCAGAACCAUCUGGAUCUGUUGAACCAUCCGGAUCUGUUUCUCCGUCUGACUCCGUCACUCCAUCUGGCUCUUCUGAACCAUCCGGUUCUGUUUCUCCAUCCGGUUCUGUCACUCCAUCUGGCUCUUCUGAACCAUCUGGAUCUGUUUCUCCAUCUGGCUCCGUCACUCCAUCUGGCACUUCUGAACCAUCUGGAUCUGUUUCUCCAUCUGGAUCUGUCACUCCAUCUGGAUCUUCUGAACCAUCCGGUUCUGUUUCUCCAUCCGGUUCUGUUUCUCCAUCUGGUUCCGUCACUCCAUCUGGAUCUUCUGAACCAUCUGGAUCUGUUGAGCCAUCCGGUUCUGUUUCUCCAUCUGAUUCUGUCAUUCCAUCUGGCUCUUCUGAACCAUCUGGAUCUGCUGAACCAUCCAGUUCUGUUUCUCCAUCUGGCUCCGCCACUCCAUCUGGCUCCGCCACUCCAUCUGGCUCUAUUGAACCAUCUGGAUCUGUUGAGCCUUCUGGUUCUGUCACUCCAUCUGGCUCUUCUGAACCAUCCGGAUCUGUUGAGCCAUCCGGUUCUGUUUCUCCAUCUGAUUCUGUCAUUCCAUCUGGCUCUUCUGAACCAUCUGGAUCUGUUGAACCAUCCGGAUCUGUUUCUCCGUCUGACUCCGUCACUCCAUCUGGCUCUUCUGAACCAUCUGGAUCUGUUGAGCCAACUGGUUCUAUUUCUCCAUCUGGCUCCGCCACUCCAUCUGGAUCUUCUGAACCAUCCGGUUCUGUUUCUCCAUCCGGUUCUGUCACUCCAUCGGGCUCUUCAGAACCAUCUGGAUCUGUUGAGCCAUCUGGUUCUGUUGAGCCAUCUGGCUCCGCCACUCCAUCUGGAUCUUCUGAACCAUCCGGUUCUGUUUCUCCAUCCGGUUCUGUUUCUCCAUCUGGCUCCGUCACUCCAUCUGGAUCUUCUGAACCAUCUGGAUCUGUUGGGCCAUCUGGCUCCGCCACUCCAUCUGGAUCUUCUGAACCAUCCGGUUCUGUUUCUCCAUCUGGUUCUGUUUCGCCAUCUGGCUCCGCCACUCCAUCUGGCUCUUCUGAACCAUCUGGAUCUGUUGAGCCAUCUGGUUCUGUUGAGCCAUCUGGUUCUGGCACUCCAUCUGGCUCCGUCACUCCAUCUGGCUCUUCUGAUCCAUCUGGAUCUGUUGAACCUUCUGGAUCUGUUGAACCUUCCGGAUCUGUUGAGCCAUCUGGCUCUACUGUACCAUCCGGAUCCUUGUCAUCUUCUGUUGAGCAUUCUAGUUCAUUCUCUGCGUCAAGUUCAGCACCACCAAGUAAUACGGAGACAUACAGUUGUACUGUUACAUCUAUGCCUUCGUCCUGUCUGCCAAGCUCCCCAGGUACUAGAGGUCUCCGUGCUAUUUUCUAUCCUUACGGUUACAACGACGACGAUACUCUGAAGAGUCUUGGAUUCAUGACAGGCGGAUAUAAGGCAUCGGCCAGUCUUGGGCAAGUCAACAAUGUUAUCGAUUUCAACUUGAACAUAUUACAAAAAUCAAGUACUCUGGCCAAGAAUAUCAUUUAUGGUAAGUCAUUGAAUCAAAACUUCUUGGUCGAACUCACAGGUUACUUCGAAGCUCCUGUCUCUGGUCAAUAUACAUUUGAUCUUACCGUGGACGAUGCUGCCAUUAUGUUGCUUGGAGCCGGCACUGCCUUCCCAUGCUGCAACAACGACUGUGACGGUAACAGAGACGCCUUAUUUGCCCAUUGGAAUAACCUCAGCAAGCAGUACGGUGUUGAUUCCAGAAGUAUCACUCUCGCUCAAGGUGAGUACUACCCUAUUAAGAUUGUCUACCUGAACAUGAUCUCCAACGUCUUCUUGUCCCUAAAGGUAAACUCUCCACAGGGAAGCAUCGAACUUUCGGAUUACACCUACACUUUUGCCAACUCUGCCAAUGGCUGUGCUUCCGGCACCAAGGCCCGUCGUCAAACUUUUGAAGCGUUUGAAAAUAUUUUGGGACCUGAAAGUCCUUCAACCACCACUGCUCCAUUCAUUGUCUCUGACAUUGUCAUUGGCAGUUCGUCCAAGUUGGGACUUUCCAUCCCAAUGUUCCUUUUCACUUUCUUGGUCGCAUUGUUCUUAUAAGCGAGGAGAUGUGGGGCAUUGUCCCUUCUCCGCCUUGACACCAUGUGUACUGUCUAUUUGUUUUUCGGUUCCAAGUUGGUAAUAUCCGACGCUGACUUUUUACCCCUUUGUCAUCAACAAAGCCGUCCCCAGUUCCCACUAUUUUCCCAGCCUGUAAGAUGGCCU